AUGGAGGCCAGUCAGCCCAGCCCUGGGAUCCAGCUGCCAACCAGCCAACUGGCCCAGCAUCACCUACUCAGGGUUACCAGGAACCCACCUUUGAUCCUGUGGUUACUACAGAACAUUUGCUACCACCCAACAGCUGUGGGACCAAUUAUUUACCAGGACAGCCGAUGUGAUGUCCUCCUGGCCUCCUCUACCUAUGGCUGCAUCUUCCCAUAUUGUGAAGAGGAUGGUAGACCUCUGUUCAGCAGAAAACGGCCAUCUCCUGCAUCCUGGGCAUCUGGCUGGACCAGCACCUCAAGAAUUUCCCAGCCUGAUGAUGCUGUUGGCCUCCAUAGAGCUCACCUUUCCAGUCUCCUACCUGCCAAACCAGGCCCAGUGCCUCCAUUCACAGCGGGAGCACCUGAGCCCACCGAGGCUGAGACAGGAGGAGGAGGCCUCUGGGGGGUGGUGUGGGUGAGUGUGCCUUUGGAAGGCACAAAAAAGGUAGUGAGGGUGGUAACAUGUCUUCUUCUUGCAUCUACAGAACCGGCUCCAGAACAACAUCAGGAUAACCCUCAAGAGGCAACGCCACUCUCGUGGCCUCUCCAGAGCCAGAGCCGGAUCAAGGCCCAGCUUUCACUGAACUUCAAGAGGCAGAAGAACCACCUGCAGCAUUUGAGCAACUCACCCCAGUUCCUGCGAGGCAGAGAGGGCACCUCCCACCCCCAUUUAGAUGCAGUGUUAAAAGUUUUCUGUUCAUGUUACAUAUGCUUAUAAUUUUACUAUAUUUUUAUGAUAUUUAAUAACAUAGAGUGUACUGUAGAGAACAUUUACUGAAAUACUCUUAAACAUAACCUUAAUUUAGAUUCUAUAAAAUUUAACCCUAUUAACCCUCAGA